AUGUCAUCCUCCACCGUCUGCCGCACGCCUGUCGGAGAGUGUCGUAUCUGGCUGGACAACGUCCACUGCACGGGAAGAGAGCGCUCGCUAGCCGAGUGCCCGUCCAACGGCUUUGGGGUGUCAGACUGCCGCCACACGGAGGACGUUGGGGUCGUCUGCAGCGCCAAACGCAUCCCGGGGUUCCAGUACAUCAGCGCAGUCGACAACCACGUGGAGAGUCUAAAUGUGCAGGUAGAGGAGGUGCGCAUCAGGGCUCUGUACUCCAUGAGGAAGCGUGUGCCCAUCACUGAGGGCUUCGUGGAGGUCAAGGAGGGAGGCAAGUGGAGGCAGAUCUGCGACGAAGAGUGGUCAGGCAUGAACUCACGCGUGAUCUGUGGCAUGUACGGAUUCCCCGGAGAGAAGGGAUACAACACCCGGCCCUACAAGCUGUUGGCUCGCAAGCGUAAGAUCACAUACUUUGGCUUCUUGGUGAACUGCACAGGGAAUGAGGAUCACCUGACCGGUUGUAAGAUGGGUCGCCCCGUGCCCAAGAAGGGCAACAACACCUGCCCCAGUGGCAUGCCCGCCGUGGUCAGCUGUGUUCCUGGAAGAGCCUUUGCCCCGACACACUCCGCUGGCUACAGCAAGGCCUAUCGUGCCGAGCAACCCCUGGUGCGUUUGAGAGGCGGUGCCAACAUUGGAGAGGGUCGUGUGGAGGUCCUGAAGAAUGGCCAAUGGGGAACCAUUUGCGACGACAGUUGGAACAUGGUGGCUGCCUCAGUGGUGUGCCGUGAGCUGGGCUACGGCAGUGCCAAGGAGGCCCUCUCUGGAGGCAGACUGGGUCAAGGCAUGGGCCCAGUCCACAUGAACGAGGUGCAGUGUUCCGGCUUCGAGAAGUCCUUGACCGACUGCCGCUUCAACCAGCAGUCCAUCGGUUGUAGCCACGAGGAAGACGCCGGUGUGAAGUGUAACGUUCCGGCCAUGGGCUUCAAGAACCGGCUGCGUCUGAACGGCGGGCGCAACCCGACGGAGGGCCGCGUGGAGGUUCUGGCGGAGAGGAACGGCUUGCUGGUGUGGGGGACGGUGUGCAGCGAGAACUGGGGCAUCAUGGAGGCCAUGGUGGUGUGUCGCCAGCUCGGACUCGGGUUCGCCAGUCACGCCUUCCAGGAGACGUGGUACUGGGCCGGUGAGUGUGACUGUGAGUGUGACUGUGACGUAGUGCUGUGAGUGAAUGUGACUGACGUGAAGGUGUCCCCUGCAGGAGACGUGGUACUGGGCCGGUGAGUGUG